ACAGAAACAACAGCCUACCUCUUCAUCUUAAUACAGUGACUGUGCAGACGUGCUGCUGGACGGAUCUGAACAUUUAGCGCUGUGACACCUGAUCAAAUGCCUUGUUUGGUACUUUUCUGGCGCCGGCGUUGCGGAUUUCCUUUUCUUCCCUCCGCCGGCUUUUCCCUCUCGGCGAGGUGCCCGCCGGCUUGUGUUGGUGCCGUUCCUUUACGUGCAGCCAGACGCGUUUAAUAUCUCUCCUCGUGGCGCUCGGAUCUGCAGUGAAACCCACAGGGAAAGUUUACAAGUUCAUAUGGCUGGAGGACAGUCUUCGGGUCCAGUUAAAGUGCGGUUGUCACCGCUGUUGCACCGUGCGUAAAAAUGCGUAAAAAGCAAAAGGAUGAUCAUUUGCAUCAAAGACCACCAAACCGGUCCGAUGGCUCGACUGCUGUAACGGCAAGAGAGGAGAGCGGCGGAGAUCCACCACCCGUCGGUGCCGCUGGAGCCUCAGCGCAAACCUCCCGUUCGAACGACAGCGGCGAGCGGGGUCGACCCGGCUGCACCGGAGGAGGAGAGCCGGGUUCGCCGCCCCGGUGCAGACCCAAAGCCAUCUCCCCUGUCGACAGCCUAGGCGUGUUUCAGAAGAGAUCGAUUUUCAUCUUCCCUCGCCGCUCCUCCAGUGGAUAUUUUUCCUUCGACGGCGAAUCGCUGCCGAGCUCCCCGCUUUCCCCGAGGGCAGUGACGGCUGACAGAGCCACGCAGACUCCGAGCCUCACCGGCCAGGUGAUGAUACACGCGUUUCAGCGCAUGGCUGAGACGCACGGUGGAGGACCGGGGACGCAGCACCUGCACGAAAGCCCUCCCAGCCCCUCUAGCAGACGGCAACAAAACGCAGGAAGGGACAUGCAGGUGGACACACAACGCAUCGGACAAGAACUCCAAGUCAUUGGGGACGACUUGAACAGUCUCGUGCUAAGGAGGAUGGCAGGCCGACAAAGACGGGUUGGGAUCCAUCCCUUCCAGCUGCCACACAUCUACCAGGAGCCCUCUGUGCUGUUGUGCAUGGGCCUGGCGCUCUUUGUGAUUGCACGGAUAAUCUACUUGUAUGGCAGUACGAACAGCCGGGAUAACUCUCAGGUUUAGCCGUUGGAAAACCCAGCAGACGUAGCAAUUUUCUUUUUUUUCUUUUUUUUUUGUGUGUGUUGUCUUGGAUCUUUUUUUAGUUUUAGGGGACCUAAUUUCCACCCUUCUGUUUUCCAAAUGAGGAAGACAACUUUGGACUUUGUCUUAAUUAUGAUGGAUGCCUUUAAUGAAUUAUAAAAUCCCUGUAUUUUUGUUUUCGCACCUGUGUUUGUCCAUCAUGGUCUCUGAGCCUUUGCGAUGCUACCAAAGAACCAGGAUUUUUUACUCCUGUCCAGCACAGAGAUGAUCGUGUCACCUAGAUAGGGUUCUCUGCAAAACGGCGCCUAUGGAAAUUCAGAUGUGCCUUGUACAGUUUCCUUUUCACUUUUUUCUGCUUCUUUUAAGGCAUUUUUAUUGUACAAAGCUUUUAAGCUCCUUGCAUGAUCAACUCUGCAGACCCAGGGUUGUUAAAGUAUGUGGGUCUGGUUUCCCCCAAUCUUCUGCAUCGGAAGGUUUCAGGCAGGGAAAAAUCUUGCACUCCUGUCACAUUAGGAUCCAGCAUACAAAAAACUCAUGACCUGUGUGGGAACCAACUGGGACAAAGCUAACAUUUAUAUCCAACAUUUUUUAUCACACAGUGUUCCUAAACAACUGUGCCAUUCAACCCUUUGCUGCCAUGAAAUGCACAAGAGUCGACUGUGGAUCAGCGUUUUCAGCCACAGAGAUUGUAAAAUGUACUGUGUGCUGACAAUUUGAGUACUAAUUUGACAUAGAUAUUGACUUAAGAGAUCAGUAAAUACCAUGUCAUGUUGUAUUUUGCAGACUUCUACAACUAAAGCUCCAUUCGGACUGGACUGAUAUUCCAGGGAGAGGUGCGGUGGGUGCGGUAAAUAUUCGCUGUGGUCCUCAGCAGCAAAACUCCUUGUUCCGGAUGGUAAUUCUGCUGCUGACGAAUUCCAACGUUUGGUUUAUAAAAGACAGGAAUAUUUUGAGGGAAAAUCACUAUCACCAGCUGAGCUGAUGAAACAAAAUAUCAGGAAAAGCAGGUCUGUGCUUGCAGAAACAAAUAUUUGGGACUGUAAAUAAUUCUGUGGUAGGGAAAGAUCACUCUGGACUGAUCAGCACCAGCAAUAUAAAAAUUACCCAACUUUCCCUCAGAAUGAAUCCCGUUCGAAUGCAGCUUAAUACUGUAUUUGUCUGCGUCAGUGAAAGAUGUCCAGUUUGUUUUGUGUGUCAUUUUAAUACGCUGGGUCAAGUUUCCGCUACAGCAGCUCUUGCUACUGCAAAUAUGUCAUCAGAUAAUCCAGAUUGUUAUUCCUUCAGAGGUACUUUAAGUAGAUGCACAAAGCCUGCAGAUUUUGAUAAAUUAGAAGUUUUGUGGACAAAAAUGUGUAUUAUAGAAUUUUCUUGUCUCGGAAAAUUGCUAAAUUAAUGUUUUAUCCAUGUAUUUCAUGAGUACUUUACAACUUAAUGACGGCCUUUGGUACACAGUAGACAGUCAGACCCGGUCAUUUGUAAACUGAACCUGCGCAGACAGAUUUUACCCUCUGUUGUGUUUGACAUAAAAAAAAAAAAAAGAUUACCUGUUGAUACCAGUAAGAUGAUACGGUACCAACCUUCAAGUAACUCAAGUAACAAGCCCCCCCGCCACCCAAAGUCUAACUUGAAAAAUUUCAGAAUCAGAAUUCUAUCACCAAAUACAAUCUGUGUACAUCGAUUCUUAAAAAAAAAAAAAGCAUUAAGGGGCUUCCUUGUCCUCUUUGCUCUGGUUGUAUUCAGCAUUAAAACAAAUAUUUCACCUUUUUGCACAUUAAUAAUCAAAGGAAAGGAGCAGAUUACUUCACUUGUUAAUACAAUGGCAGGAUUUUAGUACUUGUUGCUGAGCUGCCCAAUUAGUGGAGGGAAACUCAAAAGAGCAAGAUGACAAACAAAAUUAAUUCAUUGAAUCACAUCAGUCCUUUAAGCCGUUAAACUGUGUCAUUUUCUGCUCUCAUGUUUACUUAUCUUCUGCCUUUUACAUUCACAAACAUUAGUUCAACAUUGUUUUAAUAUCCAAAGCAUUUUUCUAUCAGAAGUGAUCAAACAGUACCGUCUUCCACUGUUCUUUGUUCCAGCCUCUGGAUUUACUGUUAGCAGCCUGUCUGCAUGUAGCUGCCAUGUACUGGUUUGUUGACAAGGUCAUGUUAUCCGUUUAUUAGCGCCGUGACUUAGACCCAGCCAAGUCUCCUCACGCCUGCCAGGUCAUUAAACACUCUGAGAGAGAGAUUUGUGGACAGAAACCAAACACUGAAUAAUGCAGAGUGAAAGAGGGUUUUGUUACUGACUGGUUAGCUAACAUGAACAGCAAACAGCAGUGACACAGGUUUCAGAUUAAAUACAUUUAUUCUUAUCUUUGUGCUCAAUAAAACAUAUCAGUUCUGGCCAAUUCUUUGUUUUAUUUGUUAGGUCUGAGCUUAUGAUUACUAAAAUACAUGUUAGCAAUUGAUUAAAAAGUGAACCAGAGCAGUUAUAAAUAGCUUGUGAAAGUGUGAAAACCUUAUGCAAAAAAAAAAAAAAUCUGAAAUCUUUUGUAUGCACAAAUAUCUGGAUUUCUUCUUACUUGGAUGAUAUGGUUAAAAA